AUGAGGUUAGUCUGCUUACAUCAUAUUGAAUAUGCUGAUUCAACUCCUUCAGAAGAUGAGGUGAAGACAUCUGUAAUGAUCUCUAACUCACUGCCAGCAACUAACUCUGAAGAAUUGCAACUGAGGAGAUUGGAUCUUGAACAUCAAAAGAUUGAUUUAGAACUUCAAAAAGAGAGGUGCAAAGAAUUACAGCUUCAACUUCAAUUGAAGAGACUCUGUGCUCAGAAUGACAAAGUCAUGAUGCUCACAAAUUCAUCAGUGGGUCAAUCAUUAGCAUGGGAUCUGAACUUGAGGUCUUGA